UCCUUCCAGGUUGGUUCAGCCCCCGUCUACUCCGGGGUGGUGCUUAGUCGGCGCCAGACCGACCCUCGACUUCGGAGGGGCAGUGCCGUUCCUCUGGGCGCUCCCUCGGCGUCCGCUUCGGCUCCUUCAGCUUCCUCGGCCUCCUCAGCGUCCGCCGGGACCCGAGACCUCGGUGUAUGCCCCACCCCUGACUCCGAUAGAGAUAUGUCCACCCCGGCUCGGCGCCGCCUCAUGAGGGACUUCAAGAGGUUGCAGGAGGAUCCCCCGGCGGGAGUCAGCGGGGCUCCGUCCGAGAACAACAUAAUGGUUUGGAACGCGGUCAUUUUCGGGCCUGAAGGGACCCCAUUUGAGGAUGGAACAUUUAAGCUUACAAUAGAAUUCACCGAAGAAUAUCCAAAUAAGCCACCUACGGUUAGAUUUGUCUCUAAGAUGUUUCAUCCAAAUGUCUAUGCAGAUGGUAGUAUAUGUCUGGACAUACUUCAGAACCGCUGGAGUCCAACCUAUGAUGUGUCUUCCAUUUUAACAUCCAUACAGUCUCUAUUGGAUGAACCCAAUCCCAAUAGUCCAGCAAACAGCCAGGCUGCUCAGCUGUACCAGGAGAACAAGCGGGAAUAUGAGAAACGUGUUUCUGCAAUAGUAGAACAGAGCUGGCGUGACUGUUGACCCGGGUGCAGCAAAAGAAGAGGCCGGUCAUAAGAAAAAUAUAUAUUGAUGUGUUUGUCACCUUCCUAUUCCUCAGUGUCAUUACAUUACUUUAUUAAAAGCAAAAUAGCUGUC